AAACAAUUUGGAGCCUUUGAUAAGCAAUCGUGUUGAAUAAUUGUUUUAUAAAAGCGCUGGAAGUUGAACAAUAAUGUAGAUUGCAUAACGAAGCGAUUAAAUGUUUCUUACACUCCAUACAUUCGCUUUAGUUCCACUUGUUGUUGAUGUGUGAAAAACUUAUCGAAUAACAGUUUAUAAAACGUUGUUUAAAAAUUGGAUUAGAUCGCUUCCCAUUCAUUUAAUAAACAAUCUAUGAAAAGCGGGUUCUAUUAAUUUGGAAGCGAUUAUUCAAUGUGUUCCAAAAAAUGCCAAACAUGUUGAUAUAAUGGUGAACAGAGUUUAUAUAAUCAUCUCAUACAGCAGCAAAAUCAUAGCUUAACUACUAGCUGAAGUGAUGUAACUACAAACUGUUAAUAAAUGUUUAUACCAAGAACGUUGAAUAGAAUUAAAACAACAGUAUAAUACGAUGAAUAAUCAUCUAUGAUUGCCAAAACGUUUAUUAAAAUGUUAAUCAACAUAAACAAAUAAUUUAUAAUUUUGUUUUUAUUAGAUCGCUCAAACAUAAACGAAAACUUCAAUUCAGUCGAAGUCACAGAUCAUUACUUCAGAAACAUGGAUAUUUCAUUCAAAAAAUACAAAAAAAGUAGCACAUAUUACCGAAAACUGAAGUUGGCAAGUGAAAAAUAUCGGUUCAUGUUCAAUAAGUUACAUGUAAAGCGAAACACAGCGAGAAAUCCAGUCCUAUCAGCAGCCAUCAAGAAAGCAACGGUAGCAGGUCAAGGUCUAACUACCUCCUCUGGGACAUUGGCUACGAAUACUGAACCAGCUUUUGUCAGUUUACCAUCGAUUCCAUCAAAUCCAAUGCCUGAUAAUUCUGUUCCAGAAAUCCCAGGACAGCUCCAGCAUUCAACUGCCGUAGCAGACAACUCAAACGGUAUCUUAUUAGAGGAACAGCGAGUUGACCUGCAUUGUGAAUCGUCGAGCUUAGGAUCCGGAAAAUCCCGUGAAGCUCUAAGAUUGUGGUCUCUCCGACAUAACAUAAACCACAAUGCGAUAAAAGAUUUGCUAGGAGUGCUAAAAGACAACUACAACGAUACCUGCUUACCAUCGGACCCAAGGACCCUUCUCGAAACACCUCCGAAUAUUGGACAACUUUGCUAUGAGAUCCCAGGCGGCAAAUAUUGGCACCAUGGACUAGUGACUUGCAUUGAAAAGUGGUUCGAAAAUUUAUCAAGUGAUUUGAGCAUUAGUAUCAAUAUCAACAUCGAUGGCUUGCCCAUACACAAAAGCUCAAAAUUUCAACUUUGGCCAAUUCUUUGCAACGUUUUUGAAAUGCCGGAAUUAACACCGUUGCCUAUUGGAAUUUUUUUGGGGAAAACAAAACCGACAGAUCUUAAUGCAUUCUUAACACCAUUCGUGAAUGAAGCAAUACCUUUGAUCCAAAAUGGGGUUCCCGUUAAUGGUCACACCGUAAUGGUUAAGAUUCGUUGUUUCAUCUGUGAUUCUCCAGCUCGCGCUUUUGUUAAAGGUAUGAUCACAGACAAACAGACGUAACACUCUGAUAUUUUGCAUCGUACACCGAUUUAACGGUCUAUUUAAAAAUUUGAUAGUUGGCCAACUGACCAACCGUGGCGCUCGCAUCGUUUUUGCUCGAGUUUGACGUUUGCACACUACCGCCACCUAGUUGAUGGUCGGCCAAACUCAGUCAUUUUAGCAUUGGGCGAAAAUGUUUCCUAGACUAU